AUGAACAAUAAAAUCAAAAUUAAUAUAGUUGAAAUGCCACAAUAUAUAGAUUCAGAUUCUAACGAAACUCCUGAUAUCUUUAAUCCAGAAGUAAUUGAUGAAGUAACUACUUCAAUUAGUAAAGGUGCUCAAAGAAGUAUAAAAGAUAUAUUGAAAUUUAUAGUACCAAAUUUAGUAAAAAGAAAUAUUCUUAAUCCCCAACAGCCAAUUGUUAAUAUAAGAAUCUCAGGAGAUGGUAGAAAUGUUGGAAAGAAAGUUAAACAUGACAUGAUUACUUUUGCGAUUUUAGAUGAUAUUGAUAAUAUACAUAAUCCAAACUAUCAUCAUACUGUUGUAUUAUAUCCUGGAUCAGAAAAUUAUGAAUCGUUAGAUAUGUUAAUGAUCCCAUUCCGAAAUGAGUUACAUGAAUUAACAGAAAUAGGAUUAAUUAUUGGAGGAAUUAAUUGGAUAUUUAAUCUUUAUUUUAGCUCUGAUUGGAAGUUUCUCACAAUUUGCUUAGGGUUUAACUCCGCAAAUAGCUUAUUUUUUUGCCCAUGGUGCCUUAUCUCAAAAAAAGAAAUGUCAAAUGUUAAUAAAGAGUGGUCAAUAUCAAAACAAAUGGAUUGUAUAAAUAUAUAUAAUGGUCAUCAUUCAGUACCAUUAUUUAAUAUGAUACCAUUAGAUCAUUGGAUUCCUGAUGAACUACAUAUAAUGUUACGUAUAACAGAUAGACUUUGGAAUCUGGUAUUACAUGAAAUUCAAGAAACUGGUUAUUUUAAUGAUGUUGCUAGAGAGAUUAUUGUUAAAGAAAUGAAUAGAAUUAAAGUAAAUUUUCAUUUCUGGCAAGAAAAAGGAUGCCAAACUUGGAGUUUUACUUCGCUCAUGGGACAAGACAAAUUAAAAGUAUUACAAUUUUUUGAUCUUAGCACAAUUUUACCACCAACACGUGCAAGAGCAAUUAGAAUGUUAUGGGAUGGAUUUUAUGAUUUAUAUAUGGAUAUACGUAAUCCAGCUACUAAUCCCAAAACAUUUAAAAGAAAUGCAAAGAUGUGGUUAAAAAUUUUUCUUACACCAUCUACUGGAGUACCAAAUAGUGAUGAUUUUGUUCAGGGUUUAUAUAGACCAAACGAUAUUACACCAUACAUACACGUUCUUGUUUUUCAUAUUCAUGAGUUUAUGGAGAAGCAUAAAAAAUGGGGAUUAAAAUCUUUCUCAUGUGCGGCAGUUGAAAACAAAAAUCAUCAACAAGUAUCUCAAUUUUUUCGGAAAACUCUAAGAGAUGAAGGUAAUGGUGCAAAUCGAAAAUCAGCAAUUGUUCAAAUCCUUGAAUUUGAAAAUAGAAAGCUUCACUACAAUAUUAAUGAUUCUCAAGUUACUCCAAAAAUGAUAAAACUUCAAGUUUAA